UUCCUACGUCCAUGAUGCGAAUAAUGCUGAGUUAUGUCACCUAUGUACAAGAUGAUUACGUGGUGUUGAUUGGGUAUCCAUAUUUCGUCGUGUAAAAAUUACAAUCUUUCGAAAUGUAUCUAGUUGGAUUGACAGGUGGCAUCGCCACUGGCAAAAGCACGGUUGCUGCUGUUUUUCGGGAGUACGGCAUCCCUGUUAUAGAUGCCGAUGUAAUUGCCCGAAAAGUUGUUGAGCCCGGAAAAUCAGCGUGGCAUAAAAUAGAGCAGGAGUUUGGUCCGGAUGUGUUUUUGGACACCAAGCAAUUGGACAGAGCAAAACUUGGAGAUUUAAUAUUUAACGAUGUCGAAAAGAGAAAGAAACUUAACGCCAUCACGCAUCCCGAUAUAUAUAAAGAGAUAUACUGGCAGACUAUCAAAUACUUUUUGCAAGGUCAUCCGUUCAUAGUCAUGGAUCUGCCGUUGCUUUUUGAGACAGGACACAUGUUGAAUUACUUGCACAAAAUUAUAGUUGUAACGUGCGAAGAAGACCUUCAGCUUCAACGAUUAAUAGAACGCACUGGAUUUACAGAAGCUAAAGCGAAAUUAAGAAUAGCCGCGCAAAUGUCUCUUGAGAAGAAAGCGGAGAUGGCAAAUUUUGUAAUUGAGAAUUCCGGCAGUGCGAGAGACACCAGGGAACAGACUAUAAAAGUAAUUAAUGUGUUACAAUCCUCCAAACAUCAUUGGAAAUUACGUCUUUUAGUCGGAUUUUGUUGCACCGUACUGUUAGCUGGCGCGUACUGGCUCAGAAGCAGAAGUUCUAAAUCAUUAUCCAUUACAACAUGAAAUUUUCUUUCACGAAAAUUAUUCAGUUUAGAAACAAAUAGUUUUCGGCGAAACAGAGUUGCAUGAUAAAAGCUAAUGUAAAUUUUAACUUUUGUACAACACCCGUGCAUUUGUGAAAUCAAAAUUUUUAUAAGCUAAAGCACAGAUGACUGGUGAAAUUAUGAUUAUGAGCUGUUGUAAUGCGAAUUGGUAAUUACGUUUGUUGGGUAAAUCAUUUGCAUCAUGCAAUAAAUUCGGUUCUUUUACUCGACGCGAGGGGAAAAAAAGAUUUGUAUACUAGUACUACAAGUUACAACUGCGUUCCGUUACAAAUAAUUACUCUUUCAUAAAACAGUUUUUAAUUGCAACACGUUAGAAUUAACGGUGGGGCAAAGGGAUACAUAGCAAUUUAUCUAUGUGUGUAUGUGGAAAGGGCGCAUGCAUGUAUGUGUUACGUACAUUUUAGGCAAUAGAAAGUCGCUGUAGAGUACGUAAACUAUAGAGCUAUCUUACUUGUGAGCUAUCAAAUGAGAAACAAGAGAGAGAUAAAUGUGGUUGUUGCUCGUGAGCAUUUGAUUAGACAGCUUUAGUACAAUUUGUUACAUCGAAUCACGAUAACAAUUAGCGCUACAAAUUAUAAUUAUUUUCACCUAUAUUGAAGAUGCAUCGUGAAUGUUAUAAUUAUAGUUAAUAAUGCAUUUAUCAAAUUUAAUGCAAAAACUUAUAUAAUAAUAAAUGUGAAUAAAAAUGAACAAUAUAUA